AUGGCUGUGAUUGAAGGCGUUUCCUGGGGAAGUUUCCUUUGUUCAGGGGAUCGCAUCACUUUUGUCAUGCAUCUCAUUCUCGUCGCUGUCUUGGUUGCCAUCGUUUCCGCUCAGGUGUUUCCGGAUGGACGAUUUAAUCCGGCCAGUGAACCACUGCCAUGUGGAUUUAGUUGUUCACGUCGCACUGCGGUUACAGCUAUAAUAGAUGGUGUGUUUUCCAGAGCUGAAUGCUCGGAUAGAAAUGGCAAUAUCAUGGCCCGGUAA